UAUAGAACAGGAAAACUUUUGAACAAGGAGAGAAUAUAAAAAGGAAAGAGUGCAUGGAGCUCCAAAAAUCUGCAUGUGAAGUAGAGAUUAGUCAACUAAAACAACGGAUCCACGAACAAGAGGCGAUGCUGGCUGAAAGACAAGCACGGCUGGAAAAGCUGAACGGAGAAGUAGAGAUGCAACAGAAGACUAUUGACGACCUGAGCUUUCAGAAAUCACACCUUGAACAUGACGUUCAUCAGUUUCGCACCAAAUUAGAGAUAGCUUUCAAAGACAAAGCUGCCGGUGAGCAGGAGUUAAUUCACACAAAGCUGUUAAUUGAGCAGGCCGAGGCCAAGUGGUCUUUGGCUCAGAGUAAACUAGAGGAUUUAAAGAAGCAGAGCCCCGAACUUCAGAGAAAAACAAACCCAGAGACAGAUACUGAGGAAAACCUGCAUAGUCAAGUCCAGGCUGAAGCAAACAUUCACAGUCAGCUGAUAAUUGAGUCACCUGCACGUGUAGAAGACGAUAACAUGAGAGACCAUGUCCUGCAGCAGAAACUAGAGGAAUUAGACCUGGUUCAUAGAAGAGCAGACAUGGCUGAGGAGAAAGCCCAAAGUUACAAGAAACUAUUGGAUGACAGUAAUAACAGACUAAAGAAGCUUCAGGUGGACAUGGAAACUGAGAGGAUCAACACGAGGCAGAAAUCAGACGAGUUUCAGCAAGAAACGCUUAACCUGAAGAAAGCCGUCGAUGAUCUUCAAGAGGAAAUCAAGUCUCUUCAAAGAGCAAAGUCCUCACUGGAACAAACCACUUUCUUCCAAAGCACAGAAGUCGAGGGCCUUAAAGAGCAGUUGAAGGUCACCCAAGGAGAACUGCACAAGAAAGUUUUCACGGACCAGGAUAACAUUUACAAGAUAAACAACUUAGAAGAAGAGGUCUCUUCCAAGCAGGCAGUAAUAGAUCAGCUGAAAUUUAAAUGCAGUGAGCUGACCAUGAUUAAUGUCUCCUAUGUUAGUGAUAUUAGAGAUCUUCAGAUCCAGACUGAGUCACUGGGGAAAGAGAAAUCACUUUAUGAGAAAAAGGUGAGGUCUUUGAAGAGUGAGAUUGAGAGCUGGAAGCAGAUGCUUGAAACAGCUGAAGAGGAAAAUACCUCAUUUAAGAAAGCUGAGCAGGCGUUGAAACUAAAAUAUAAAAACCUUGAAGCAGAGGUUGAAAGCAAGGAAUUAGUUGCAUCACAACUGCAAAGGAAAGUAGAGGAGUUAAAACAGGUGAACACGGAGGUGGAAAUGAAUUUGAAGAACGUGAAAGAUAAUCUUGAUCUGAUGACGGUCGAAAUUGACAGCAAGGAUCAGCAAAUUGAAAUCUUCAAGUGUCAGGUAGAGGCCACCAAAUCCCAGUUCAGAAUUAUUGAGGAGGAACUAAAUAAGAAAUCCCAAUCCGUGCAUGAGCUUCAAAUGAAGCUACAGGAUUACAGUGAGGAGUUAAGGAAAAUGACUGAACUGAAGCACAAAACAGAAACACGGAGUUCAGAUAUGGCCAAUUAUGGGAAAGAAAUAACGAGUCUGAAAUUGGAGCAGAACUUUUUGACUGCUGAGAGGGAUUUGGUUAAUCAAAAAGUAAACCGACAAGACGCUGAAAUUAAUGAACUGAACCUGAUGUUGAAGAAAACCAAUGCAGAGCUGCAAAAAGAAUCGGCUGAUAAUCAAAAACAUAUCAACAAAAUCAAGGCUUUAGAAAAAGAACUUUUCAAUCAUAAACACAGUAUUAAAGAUUUAAACAGCAGUUCAGAAAAAGUGACGGAAAAUCUAAAGCAGGAGAUUAAUGCUCUUCAGAAUGACAAGAAAGCAGCAGAGAGGAAAGUAGAGAACUUGAAUGUCAGACUCUCGGAGUUGAGCUCUUCUCUCCUCAAAACUAAGGAUGAACUGGCCAAAGAGACUAAAGACAGACAAGUUAAAGAAUCCAAAAUACUUCAGCUGGAGAGUGAGCUUCAAAAAAAUAAAGUGAAUAUCAAAGAAGCAAUCACGAAUCCUGACAAAUUCCAAUCAAAUCUGCAACAUGAGAAUACAAUCCUUAACAGGGAGAAAGCUGAGGCACUUGAGAAAAACACAUCACUGGAGUUAGAAAUCAGAAUGCUGAAGCAAAACCUAAAAAGUUCCGAAACCGAAGUUGAGCAAAAGCAAAGAGAAAACUCAGUCGUUCAGCUGAAGUCCCAGCAGAUGGAAGAACAGCUGGACAAGUGCAAGAAAAUGCUCGAUGAGUUGAAGAGCAAACUGCAGCUUCAGAAAGACGGCUAUGAGAGGCAGCUGAUGCUAGUGCAGAAGGAAAUAGAGAAGAAACUCAUUUUACUGCAGUCUCAAAUCUCAAAUGACAACGAGACGUCAAAACCAAAUUCCCUUAGCGCUGAAUUAGCAGAAAUGCUCAACAAGUAUUUAAAACAAGAAGUCUUGCAUCAGACCACAGUGGAAUCAAAGCAACAGACGGACCAACCACUGCAAGUGCAGUUCAAAAUAGACAAACUGCAGCAGGACAAAACCAAGCUCACUCACGACUUGUCACAGGCAAAAUCACAGAUUACCCAGCUCGAGGAGGAGAGACUUAAACUCAGUUUGAAAAUAAGUGCUUUACAAAGCCUUUGCAAUGAGAAGUCAAAUGAGAAGACAAAGUUUAAACCGCUGUCGGCAGACAGUGAGUGCAAACCGACACUAAGGGAGAGUGAAGAGCCUCUGACACUGGGAGUUGGGGUUAAGACCGAAAACCAGAAGAUGAACAAACAGGAAGUCAACGAAACAAGUCGUCAGCAUGUGAAAGACAACACGGCUGCCUCCUUGAAAACAGAAGCGAAAGGGAUUCAGAAGACGGCAUCGUCACGUGAAGGCGGGAAAUGCAGAACAGAGGAUGAGUUUUUCAAAAUGAAAAUGUCUUCCGAGAUGACAACAGUGGAGAAAGAAAACAGUCUUGAAGAACUGAAACAAGACAAACGAGACAAAACUGAAGUCAAUCCCAGCCAAAUCCUUCAUGGGUCUACAACAAAGAGAGCUUUGCAAAAUGUGAGCCAAAUUAUCCCCGACGGGCACAUGACCACAACGACACAUGGAUACAUGGCUCUCUGUGGACAAACGGAUCAAGGGCAGCACAAAAUCCAUCGUGUCACCAAAACAAGAAUAUAUCAGAUCAGUGAAACUGUAAACAUUUCAGAGAAAAGUGCAGCAGACAGUGAUGGAAAGCAGACUCUGAUAUAUUCAACUCCCCAGAAGCUAACAGAACUCAAAGGUGGCACAGCCGAUCAAAUUCCAGUCACAUCUAAGAUCUUUGAUGAUGCUCAAUACGUCGGUAAACCAACUGCCAUUGCUGGAGUUUAUGUGGAAUCAAGUAAGAAAAAGAUAACCUUCCUCGAGGCUGCUGAAAAGGGCUUUUUAGCAAAGACCUAUGCAUUUGAGUUUCUUGAAGCUCAGGCGGCUACAGGAAGCCUUACAGAUUUGGCCACAGGACAGACUCUCUCAGUUGCUGAGGCUCUGGAGAGAGGUGUCAUAGAGACCGGCAUGAGCGAUAAACUCAUAGAGGCUGAGAAAGCUGUUAGAGGCUACAUCCACGCUGGCAAAAAGCUGUCAGUGUUUCAGGCAAUGGAGGAAAGACUUCUUGAUCGAUACAGGGGCAAGAAGAUCCUUGAAGUCCAGGUUUCCACUGGAGGACUCAUCAACCCAGGUGUGGGUGUCACGGUGUCGGCUAGCAAUGCUGUCGAUCAAAGUCUUUUGAACAAGGAGACUCUAAAGAGUCUGUAUGAUCCCGUCAGUAACCCUAAAGGUUUUCACAACCCUGACACUGGACAGAAAGCAUACUACUGUGAAAUACUCAAGAAAUGCGUGUAUGACAUUGAUGGUGGUGUGUUUCUUUUUCCAUUCGGGGAGAGACGUCUAACAGACACUUCUCCCACGAGUUCUCAUAGAAUGUCUGUCGUCAGCAGCAGUCGUGGAAUUGAAAUGUCAACGUAUGAAGCAUUCAAGGCGAAACACGUUGACAAGAGGAUGUAUCUGUUUCUGGCACAGCAGGAAAGUGAAUGGCAGGAAAAGUCCGUAGUUGACACUAGUGGAAGCCCACUGCACAUUAUCACUGAUGUCAAAAGUGGCAGACAGCUUUGUCUGGAAUCUGCUCUGAAUCAGAGGUUCCUUGAAGCGUCUGAGCUUGACAGCUAUUGCAGCGGGCGUCUUAGCAUCUAUGAGCUUGCAGACCUUAUAUUUUCCAGAAUGGUCGUUAUUGAGGAUGUUAACAGCCCCAUUGCUGGUCUCUGGGAUGUAGCUCAGAGGAAGAGACUGUCCGUUCUUCAGGGUUUCCAGCAGGGAUUUACUGAUAGAACCACCGCCUUAAGACUGUUGGAGGCCCAGGCCUGCACUGGAGGUAUUUGUGAUCCCUCUUCAGGGGACAAAGUUACAAUAUCUGAGGCUCUCAAAAGAGGUCUGGUAGAUGAGGCCCUGAAACAGCAGCUCCAACAGUUUGAGCAAGCAUUUAAUGGCAUUGUUCACCCAAGUUCUGCAAAGACUUUGUCUAUUUCCCAGGCUCUGCAAGAAAAACUCUUGCCCAAGGAUGUUGGUUUUCGCUGUGUUGAGUAUCAGCUCCUGACUGGAGGAUUGAUAAAUCCUGAUACUCAGGAUAGAGUCUCACUGGAGGAGGUCAUUCAGAGUGGCCUUGUUGACAAAGUAACUGCCUCUGUGCUCAAGGAUGAGAAGUUUCACACUAGAAGUCUCACUUGUCCGAAGACCAAGAGAAGAAUCACAUUCAAAGAGGCUCUUGAAAGAAGUGUGUUUGACUGCCACACAGGGCUAAGACUACUGGAGGCUUCAAAAGUUCUUGGUUCUGCAGCCAAAUCAGCAUUUCUCUAUGCUUGUGCAUUUAACCAAUAAACAAUUGCAAACAUGUUCGUCCAAAACCUUUGCAAAUAGGAAUUUCUUUGAUUUUUCCUUUUUUCACAGUCGUACGCUUUCUUUUAUGGUUUACACAUAUUUGAUGCAACUGACGAUGGUUCAAUGUUUUAGUCUGAUUAUAAAUGUAGUACAUCAGCGCCCCUCCCUUGUAAAGGUUCCCACAUUGAGUAACAAUCUUGUUGAAAACCCAUCUGCUUUGAUUGUAGAGAUCUGUUGAUGAGGAGAAGAGAGAGCAC